CUCACAGUGCUACUGAGUGGCGAGGGCUCGACUCCGAGGGACGGAGCCGUGCUCAUUGGUUGGGGUGCGGGGCGGGGCCCCACAGAGCGCGAACCUAAGCGGCGGUCAUGGAGGAACCCGGGGGCGGCGGCGGAGGCGGCUUCCGGAAGGAGCUGGUGAGCAGACUACUGAACCUGCACUUCAGGGACCAAAAGACUAAAGUCAGCAGGGAUGCACUGCAACUCAUGGUAGAAUUCCUAAGGAUCUUCGUCGUGGAAGCCGCUGUACGUGGGGUUCGGCAGGCCCAGGCAGAGGACCUGGACAUUGUGGAUGUGGAGCAGCUGGAAAAGGUGCUUCCUCAGCUGCUCCUGGAUUUCUAGGGCUACCCAUUCCUGAGGCCACUCCCUGGGGGCUUCCAGGUAGCCAGUGUGUCUCCUGUGGUCUGAGGAGUCUGGAGUGGAUUCACACCAGCAUUGACAGCUGAGCUUCAAGUUCUCCAGCUUCCAAAGGAUGGCAAGAUCCUGGAAGCUACUGCCCUUCCUUGUGUCCUCUGCUUUUGCCUCACAGGCCCUUGGGGUCCUAAUGAGGCAGGUGCAGAGGAAGGUGGACUGGCCUGCCUCCAGCCAGAGCCGCCUCCAUUAGCCUGCAUUUUAUGAAACAGCUGCUGCCAGUGCUGCCUCCUUACCACCCAACAUCAAAGCUGGUGUGCAGCUUUUUAACCACCUGCUUCUCCCUCAGAGCAUGCCUCCCUCCUUGAGCUGUAAAUUUGUUCUUACAAAGUAGCAUCAAUGAAUCAACACCAUCUCUUGCA